AUGGCUGAAGUUGAUAAAAAUACUCCCAAGACAAGACCUGCGCCGGAUUGGGUCCCGCAGUUUGUAAUCGAUUAUGCAUGGCUGAACGGAGUCGCACCUGAUGCGGAGGGGAGGACGAAGAAUGCUGUGUCAUGCUGCAUCAUCAUCACUGAUACGGGAAAUGGAACUGGUGGGGUUGUGUUGAACAAUCAGCUAGGAGACCAUGUUGGUGACUGGGAGCAUAACAUAGUCCGUUUCGCUAACGGAGAGCCGAAAUACGUGUGGUACUCACAGCAUUCAAAUGGCCAAGCUUUUCAAUACCGGGUCUUGAAAAAGGACAAAUCUGGCAAACGGCCCUUAGCCUACUGUGCUAAUGGCUCUCACGCCGUAUACGCCACCUCCGGAAUCCACGACCAUACAGUCCCCAAUCUCAACCUCCCCUUCCCCUUCCUCCUCGUCGACGAAACGAACGCCGCCGGGACUCCGGUGAAUUGGCUGUACUUUCUGGGAAAAUGGGGCGAUGAGCAACACCCGGACAAAGGUAAGAGGCAGAAGCAGUUGGCGGGGAAUCGAAAGUAUGUAGGUGGUCCUACGGGGCCUGCGGACAAGCAGUUGAACAGAAAGAAGGUGUGCCUGGAUAAUGGGAAACAGUGUCACAAGGGCUGA